AUGGCUCAUCUUACUCAAGAAGAACGCGACAUCAUCGAUGCAAAUCCUCUUAGGGACUCGCUCAGCAGCAUUCUAUUGGCUUCAAGAACGGGAAGAGAGGCUCUUGUGUCUAAUCUGACUGCAAUUCGCCUACGUGUACAGAAAGGCAAUCUCAAGUACAAGCAAUUUCGCCCGCUAUCACAGCUUGUGAUCAAGCAAGCACCAGAUAUCAAUAUCUGGGCUGCUAUCGUAGCCCUUAUCCGAUCAAUUUCUCACUUGACUCCGCCGCCAAGCCUCCCGCCAUCCUUUAAAACCCCUAUAACAUAUUUAUCCGCUUCACAGUAA